UUGGCUCCUACUAAUAAAUACGUAUUUAAUAAUCCCUACAGUCGUAAAGGGUAUAAAAUUAAUUUUAGUUUGAGAAAUGCUUCAUAAAUACCUACUUGUUUGAUCGAUAUGAAAACUGACGUUCUAAAAUUUACGUCACUUAUCUAAAAUAUUUUUUUUGUUAUUUUUUUUAAUAAUUUGAAAAUAUCGCCGAUAUGUAUGGUAGACGGGGUCUUGAAAUUGAAUUCGAUGACGAUGAGGACGAUGAUGACGAACCAUUUAUUGUGGACAUUCAAGUCCAGGAUGAAUCAACGACAUUGGACGUUUCUGACGAUCAGCUACAAGAAACUGUAGACAAGGAGGACACGAAUUUACCCCAAAUUCUGGCAGUGGCUUUUGCUUGCGUCCUGGAAGACACCGUCGAUCAAUUAGGAACCAUCAGUAACAUGGCAGGACUACCGAGAAUCCGGAAGAAAAAUGAGGAAGGAAAGAUAGAUGAAACACUGGAAGAGUUGAAAAGGCACAUCGGAAGUGGUAACAUUUUCGAUCCAGAAAUACUAGCGCCAGCUGAAGAAGCCCUUCAGUACCAAAAACUACUCAAAUUCCAGAAAGAUGUCCAUUUGGUCAGGGAUAUUUUGGAACAAACGAUCAAUAACUUGGCUACUUUAAACAAUUUCGAUUGCCUCGUCGAUAAAAUAAACGAAUACCAAACGAAGCGAGUCCAAGAAAAGAACUUCCUAGAAUCUGCGAGAGAGAAUAGAGAAAAGCUCGAGAAUUUGCAAAAAGCAUUUGACAUAGAAAAAAGUGAGGCAGAACGAGAAAUUCAAGAAAAAUCAGAAGAAAUCGGCAAAAUCAAAGAUGAGAUCGAAAAUACCAUUUUCGAAAAUGGAGUAAAAAUGCGCUACGUGUCGAAAUGGGAAAAUUCACGAACUGAACUAAACAAUUUCAUCAUUGACACGACCGAGGAAAAUUAUCUCAACAAAAUAAAAACUUUAAACACGGAAAUUGAACGGGAAAAACGAAUCAAUAAGGAAAUAGAAACCUACAUUUCUCAGACACAGGAGGAGUAUGAAGACAAGAUCCUGGAGUGGAUGGAACGGUACGACACUGAAAUAGAACAAUUGGACAUGGAUAUACAAGUUAUCAAAGAAAAAAUUGAAUCGCAACAAUUAAAAUAUGCAGAAGUUAAAAAUACGUACGAAGAACAUAGAAAAUUCGUGGAAAAAUGGGCCGCGUACAAGGAGAAAAAGCGUAAAGAACUGGAGAGGAGACAGGCAAUCAUGGAAGCUGCAAUUGUGAUACAAAGCUGGUGGAGGGGUAUUAUGGUGCGGAACAAACUAGGUCCCUACGGGAAGAAAGGGAAGAAAAAAUAAGCUGAAGAAUUAAAAAUAAUGUCAAAACAAUCGUUGAUUGUAAAAUACUGCCUACAAUAACAGUUCAUUUGAAACAUGUACCUACAUUCAGUCUAAUAAAGUUUCACCGUCAUUUCGC